CUCUCAGUGUCCUGCUUAACUGUUGUGCUUUUCCUUCAUCAAGCUCUCUCACCAUGAACAGACAAGUCUGCAAGACAGCUGGUGGCGGCAGCCAGGGCUUCUCCGGACGCUCCGCCGUGGUCUCCAGCAGCAGCCGGAUGAGCUGUGUGGCCCGCUCCGGGGGAGCCGGCGGAGGGGCCUGUGGGUUCCGGGGUGGAGCGGGCGGCUUUGGCAGUCGCAGCCUCUACAGCCUGGGUGGCAACAAGAGCAUCUCCAUCAGCGUGGCUGGUGGCUCCCGGGCUGGUGGCUUUGGGGGAGGGCGUGGCAGCUGUGGCAGUGGCUUUGGGGGUGGCUAUGGAGGUGGCUUUGGUGGUGGCUUUGGUGGUGGCAGAGGAAUGGGAGGUGGCUUUGGAGGAGCUGGUGGCUUUGGAGGAGCUGGUGGCUUUGGUGGAGCUGGUGGCUUUGGAGGGGCUGGGGGCUUUGGUGGAGCUGGUGGCUUUGGUGGAGCUGGUGGCUUUGGAGGGGCUGGGGGCUUUGGUCCUGGUGGUUUCCCCGGGGGAAUCCAGGAAGUGACUGUCAACCAGAGCCUCCUGCAGCCCCUCAAUGUGGAGAUCGACCCCCAGAUUGGGCAAGUAAAGACCGAGGAGCGGGAGCAGAUCAAGACCCUCAACAACAAGUUCGCCUCCUUCAUCGACAAGGUGCGGUUCCUGGAGCAGCAGAACAAGGUCCUGGAGACCAAGUGGAACCUGCUCCAGCAGCAGGGCACGAAUUCCAUGACAGGCACCAAAAGCCUGGAGCCCCUUUUUGAGACCUACAUCAGCAACCAGCGGAAUUACCUGGACAGCAUCCUAGGGGAGAGGGGCCGCCUGGACUUGGAGCUGAGGAACAUGCAGGACCUGGUGGAGGACUUCAAGAAGAAGUAUGAGGAUGAAAUCAAUAAACGUACAGCUGCUGAGAAUGAAUUUGUGACCCUGAAGAAGGAUGUGGAUGCCGCCUACAUGAACAAGGUGGAGCUUCAGGCCAAGGUGGAUGCCUUAAUGGAUGAAAUCAACUUUCUGACGACCCUCUAUGAUAUGGAACUGUCCCAGAUGCAGAACCAUGUCAGCGACACGUCCGUGGUGCUGUCCAUGGAUAACAACCGCAGCCUGGACCUGGACAGCAUCAUUGCUGAAGUCAAGGCCCAUUAUGAGGACAUCGCCCAGAAGAGCAAGGCGGAGGCCGAAGCGCUGUACCAGACCAAGUUGGGAGAGCUGCAGACUAUGGCUGGCAGACACGGGGAUGACCUGAAGAGCACCAAAAGUGAGAUCACGGAGCUCAACAGGAUGAUCCAAAGGCUGCGGGCCGAGAUCGAGAAUGUUAAGAAGCAGAAUGCCAACCUGCAGGCAGCCGUCGCUGAGGCUGAGCAGCGCGGGGAGCUGGCCCUCAAGGACGCCAAUGCCAAGCUCCAAGAGCUGCAGGCUGCCUUACAGCAGGCCAAGGAUGACCUGGCCCGGCUGCUGAAGGAGUACCAGGAGCUCAUGAACGUCAAGCUGGCCCUGGACGUGGAGAUCGCCACCUAUAGGAAGCUGCUGGAGGGCGAGGAGUGCAGGAUGUCUGGAGAGUGCCAGAGCGCUGUCAGCAUCUCCGUGGUCAGCAGCGGCGGCGCGACGUCGGCCUCCGCAGGUGGAUUCGGCGGCGGCUACGGCGGGGGCUUCGGCGCGGGAGGGGGUGCGGGCAGCGGCUUCGGCCGGGCAGGCGGUAGCGGCGGCUUCGGCGGCGGCAGCGGCUUCGGCUCCGGCUCCGGGGCUCGCGGCGGGGUCAGCGGCGGCGGCUUCAGCUCGGGCAGCAGCCGGGCCGGCAGCAUCAAGUUCUCCCAGGCCUCGCAGCGCAGCUCCAGAUAA